CUCUCCUCCCUCUGUAGUCCCACCCAGAAAGAAAGAAGCUCCGGUUCAGGCCUCAGUCACAUGUUAACUCAGACUGAGCACACAUGUUUGUCAGGCUCCUCUCAGGGACAAAUUUUCAUACAGGAAUGAUGGCUCGUUCACUGACUGCCGGUCCCAGGUUGCAGAGGAAUAUGAACAAACUGGGUGACAAUGCUGAGGCAAAACAGACAGAUAUGAACUUAUCUAAUUCUGGUUGAAAAAGUCAAGAACAACGCAAUGAAGUCCCACUUGUUUUUACUUUGAACAUAUGCAAAGGGUUUGUGUCUUAUAAUGGAACUCAGAGAAGUUUGAUUUGAAAGCAGGGAUUCAAGAUCCCCUUAUAGGACUUGAAGUGAAUGGAUUUGGGAUUUCUUAAAGGUAUCAAAAUGUUUAUGAAUUUCAGAAGGGUCCGAAAAUGGCAUUUCCUACAACUAAUUUCCAUGUGCUGUGUCUUCUCAACACUCAUCCUGGGCUGGGAGCAGUUAGAAAAUGACGUUGUGAGCCAUAUAAAGUCCUUCUCUUACCGCUACCUGAUCAACAGCUACGAUUUCAUCAACAAAUCAUUCAGCGUGAGCCGUGAAGAGGCUACAAGCUUUGGUAGAUUUCCGUACCUCAUAGACCACAAGAACAUAUGCAGAGAGAAGGAUGUGCUGCUUCUUCUCUUUGUUAAAACCUCCCCAGAGAACUUUAUUAGAAGGCAGGCGAUUCGCUCCACAUGGGGUAACGAGACUUACAUUAAGAAGGAGCUGGGUGUGAAUGUGAAGGUGGUAUUUAUUAUGGGUGUGCACCCAGAUGGACACAAACGAGGUGCCAUUCAGAAACAGCUCCAGGCUGAGGACCUGAACCAUAGAGACCUGGUCCAGCAAGAUUUUCUGGACACAUUCCACAACCUUACUGUGAAACUCCUACUACAAUUCCGCUGGGCACAUGCCAACUGUGCCCAUGCUCGCUUUUUAAUGUCUGCCGACGAUGACAUCUUCGUCCACAUGCCUAACCUGGUCCGCUUGCUUGAGCAACUCAGCAGUCAGGGGGUUGUGGAUCUCUGGGUGGGACACGUUCACCGUGGCUCGCCUCCUGUGCGACGCAAGGACAGCAAAUACUACAUGCCCCUCCAGAUGUACCAAUGGUCCUCCUACCCAGACUACACGGCAGGGGCUGGUUAUGUAGUGUCCCAGGAUGUGGCUGCCAAAAUUUACCAGGCCACUUUGUUCCUUAAUGCCUCUCUCCACAUCGAUGAUGUUUUCAUGGGUAUCUGUGCAAUCACUGUUGGGGUUUCACCCCAGGAACAUGUUUACUUCUCAGGUGAGGGGAAAGCCCCCUACCACCCAUGCAUUUACGAGAAGAUGAUCACCUCUCAUGGACAUGCGGACGAUGUUGGCUAUCUCUGGAAGGUGGCCACAUCGCAAGAGGUAAAUGGCAUCUCUUCAGGUUUCUUUGGGAAACUAUACUGCACUGCUGUGAAAAUCAGGCUGCUUUGUUGGCCUUCCUAUACAAAGAAAUAUUCUUGCAAAGCAGCGUUUUCAUGAAGUACUAUGAGAUCUACUCUGUCGAUCAGUAUUGAAUUGUACAUUUUAAUGUUAGGAAUUUUAUUUCAGCAUUUGUUUACCUCUGUUUUUGGUAGUUACAACAGCCUCAAUAAAAAACCCGUUCUUCAGCUGAGUAUUUCGGCAACAUUUGAAAGGGCUUUUUAACUAACUGUAAAACUGUGUGCUAUUACAUGGUUCCACUUAAAGGUUCUGCUGUUUUAUUUAUUUUUUAUGAGCACUGUUUUCUUGCUUUGAUUUGGAUUGCUGUUUUAAAUUAAACAAAUCAAACCUCA